GCGAUCAGCAAUCAGCAAUCAGCUGAUUUGCGAACUGAUCAGCGGCGAAGUGCGAUUUGAUGCGGAUCACUUUCGAGAAACGAGCCUAGUGUCGAGAAUCAAUUUUUUAUUAUUAAUUACAAUAAAUAUGGCGGCAGCGGCGCGAAUGUACAGGAUUUGAGUCGCGGUAUUUUGCAAUUCUUCCUCAGUCGAUUCGAAUUUCAAAAGAAAGUUCAAUUAAAUGAAAUUUGUAUAAAUGAAGUAUGCACUCACAAAAAUGUAGAAGAGAUUAUCGUUAUCUUUAGAUGUUUCAGACUGAUCAUUUAUAACCUGCAUUCUUGGCGACCAAACGUCAAAAACAUGUCAGCGUGCGAUGAGUCUUCAAGCUCUGACGACGAUGUUAUGCUAAAAGCAUUCAAGGAAGCAACGGACUCGCAAUUUUUUAAUGAUUCCUUAUUUCAUGACAAGAAAGAAAAGGGUGAUGUAAUAAAUGAAAAUGCAGCAUUGCCAAAAUCAUUGCGUAGACCUGCUGAAUCGGGGGAAUUUGACAAUCAAUUUGGAGUGACAGAGGAUUUCAAAAAUUUUGUUGCAAAACAGCUGGCUAAAUCCCUAGAUAGACGCAUCCAAGAGAUACAACAUGAAAAUGCUCCAGAGUCGAAUGGUUGGAAAAAGUGCAAGGGUGAUUCAGAAGGGAUAAAAUUAUUGACAAAUUCAAGGGUACACUUAACUGACAUUGAAAUAGAUGACAGCCAAAAUUGCAAUGAUAAUAGGAGGCAAAGGAAAAAAUUAAAAGUUCAGGACAAUUCAGUUGAGCGUUUUUCUAAAUGUAGAGAAGUUGCAGUUGAACCAGAAUGGAUCUUAUCUAAAGUUGACACCAGGCUGUGGGCAGAUAAACGAAAAGGCACUGUGUAUAAGUACAAGAAAACUAAGGAUGGGAAUUUUACAGAAAUCGAUUGAUGUAUGAAAGAAAUAAAAGUGCUCAUACAAAUGA